AUGGCUCACCUAAAGCGACUGGUAAAAUUGCACAUUAAAAGACAUUACCAUAAAAAGUUCUGGAAGCUCGGUGCAGUCAUCUUUUUCUUUUUAGUAGUUUUGAUUUUAAUGCAAAGAGAAGUAAGUGUCCAAUAUUCCAAGGAGGAAUCAAAGAUGGAGAGAAACUUGAAAAACAAAAACAAAAUGUUAGACUUUAUGCUGGAAGCUGUAAACAACAUUAAAGAUGCAAUGCCAAAGAUGCAAAUAGGAGCACCUGUGAAGCCAAGCAUAGAAAUCCCCCAGAGACCCUGUUUGCAAGGCUACUAUACAGCAGCAGAGUUGAAGCCAGUUCUUGACCGCCCACCUCAGGAUUCCAAUGCGCCCGGUGCAUCUGGCAAGCCUUUCAAGGUCACCUAUCUCAGCCCGGAGGAGCAGAAGGAGAAAGAGCGAGGGGAAACAAAGCACUGUUUCAACGCCUUUGCGAGUGAUAGGAUUUCUUUACACCGUGACCUUGGACCUGACACCCGACCGCCUGAAUGUAUUGAACAAAAAUUUAAGCGCUGCCCUCCCCUGCCUACCACCAGUGUCGUAAUAGUCUUUUAUAACGAAGCGUGGUCCACGCUGCUUAGAACUGUCCACAGUGUGCUCUAUUCUUCACCUGCAAUACUGCUGAAGGAAAUCAUUUUGGUGGAUGAUGCUAGUGUAGAUGACUACCUGCAUGAAAAACUAGAGGAAUAUAUAAAACAGUUUUCUAUAGUGAAAAUAGUCAGACAAAAAGAAAGAAAAGGCCUCAUCACUGCUCGGUUGCUAGGGGCAGCAGCAGCAACUGCGGAGACGCUCACAUUUUUAGACGCUCACUGUGAGUGCUUCUAUGGUUGGUUGGAACCUCUGCUGGCCAGGAUAGCUGAGAACUACACUGCAGUGGUGAGUCCCGAUAUCGCAUCCAUAGAUCUAAACACAUUUGAGUUCAACAAGCCUUCUCCAUAUGGAAACAACCAUAACCGUGGAAACUUUGACUGGAGUCUCUCCUUUGGCUGGGAAUCGCUCCCGGAUCAUGAGAAGCAAAGAAGGAAAGAUGAAACCUACCCAAUUAAGACCCCCACCUUUGCAGGAGGCCUUUUUUCUAUAUCUAGAGAAUAUUUUGAGCAUAUUGGAAGUUACGAUGAAGAAAUGGAAAUAUGGGGAGGUGAAAAUAUAGAAAUGUCAUUCAGAGUGUGGCAAUGUGGUGGGCAGUUGGAGAUUAUGCCUUGCUCUGUUGUUGGACAUGUUUUUCGCAGCAAAAGCCCUCAUACCUUUCCAAAAGGCACGCAGGUGAUUGCUCGAAACCAAGUUCGCCUUGCAGAAGUCUGGAUGGACGAAUACAAGGAAAUAUUUUAUAGGAGAAACACAGAUGCAGCAAAAAUCGUUAAACAAAAAUCAUUUGGUGAUCUUUCAAAAAGAUUUGAAAUAAAGAAACGCCUUCAGUGUAAAAAUUUUACAUGGUACCUAAAUACUGUUUACCCAGAAGUGUAUGUACCAGACCUUAAUCCUGUUAUAUCUGGAUAUAUUAAGAGUGUUGGUCAACCUCUGUGUCUGGAUGUUGGUGAAAAUAACCAGGGAGGCAAACCAUUGAUUCUGUACACGUGCCAUGGACUCGGCGGAAACCAGUACUUUGAGUAUUCUGCUCAGCGUGAAAUCCGGCACAACAUACAGAAGGAGCUAUGCCUUCAUGCCACUCAGGGUGUUGUCCAGCUCAAGGCGUGUGUCUACAAAGGUCACAGGACAGUCGCCCCUGGAGAGCAGAUAUGGGACAUUCAGAAGGGUCAACUUUUAUAUAAUCCAUUAUUUAAAAUGUGCCUUUCAGCAACUGGAGAGCAUCCAAACUUAGUGCCAUGUGACACAUCAGAUCUACUCCAAAAAUGGAUUUUUAGCCAAAAUGAAUAA